UAUCUCCCGCAUUGUGAGCGUUUCAAAGUCCCUUGGAUUCCAUCACUCUCUCGCUCCUCGCCGAAAUUGAGCCAGUCGGCCCGCCAUCUCCUUCCCACACUUCCUUUCCUUAUCUUCAAGGUUCCUUAUCUUUUCUCCCUUUCUCUAUCCUUCUUUCCUCAAUCAUUCUCUGGAGUCCAUUUUAAGCUCUUGCUUUCCUGUCCCUUAUACAGGUGGAUGUAGCAGGCCGAGGGUUCUGAGAAAGCCGCCACUACAUGUCAAUUGCGGAACCUCCUGCCGUAACUCCAGCUAGUCUCAAACAGAAUCUUAGAACGAACCAGUCUUGUGCAGACCAUAGGAUCCGAGGAUAUUACAUGCAAGUUGGAAAUUUGAUAUGAUGUAAAAGGCGGAACAAUGACACCACAAAAUGAGAGAAGCUCUCUUAAGCGCGGAAGGGCCAACAAGGAGCAUGAUUCGAAGCACCUCAAGAAAGCGCGACGGUCUGAAGAAUUACCACCACAGCCAACCGAUCAGUUAUACCUACCUACGCCUAUAGUCCAGCAGGAGUUGAGCACAAGAAACGACGAUAAAGAGCUAGCUGAAACCGCGAAUGACAAAAAAAGCGUCCAACAGUGUAGUACGCCCUUGAGUACUGGUAUUCCUCAGCCGAGUCCAUCCCCGCCUCACGAUACACAGGCCCUCUCUCAAUUUGUUUAUCCACCUAGAGCAUUUGCCGAUGAAGUUGAAGACGAAGCUGCGGAAGGGGUUUGGGGUUAUCUCCUUCCCCUCGACGAUAAGGUUCCAGCUGCUCUGGUUCUGCGCAAAAGGAGUGGAUGUGAGAGCCAUGGGCUUCGAUCUACCGGAGUCACGCAAGGAGAAAAGGGGCAUCCCAAGGAGCCUGAGUCAAAGAACAAGCGAGAGAGUUUGCUGGCACCGGGAGGCUAUCUUGUAGGUCGCCAUCGUGAGUGUGAUCUUGUCCUAAAGAUUCCCACUGUAUCCAACCGUCAUUUUCUGUUGUUCCCUGAGAAUAAGAAAGGCGAUUCAAUUGCUGUCCUAGAGGAUCUGUCUAGCAAUGGGACUUUUGUCAACGAUGCAAUUGUUGGACGUAACCAACAUCGAGAACUCGAAGAUGGUGACGAGAUCACAAUUCUGGACCAAGCACGCUUUGUUUUCAGAUAUCCUCGGAUAAGGGAUACAAAUCGCUUUCGUCAACAGUAUCGAAUUCUUCAACAACUUGGGAAAGGACAUUUCGCCAGCGUAUACCUUUGCGUGGAACGAGCUACGGGAAUACAUUAUGCGGUCAAACUGUUCGAGAAACGUUCAAGUGACUCUCAAAAAUCACAGACCGACGCCUUGCAACAAGAGAUUGGGCUUCUGAUGGGAGUCAGUCAUCCGAACCUUCUAUGUCUCAAAGAUACAUUCGAUGAGAGUGAUGGGGUAUAUCUUGUACUCGAACUUGCCUCGGAAGGUGAACUUUUCAACUUGAUCGUCAGCAAACAAAGAUUCUCGGAAACGGAGACCCGCCAUAUCUUCAUCCAGAUAUUUGAAGGUCUGAAGUACUUGCACGAUCGUGGUAUCGUUCACCGAGACAUCAAACCAGAGAAUAUUCUCGUUGCAGAUCAAAGAUUGACAGUAAAGCUUGGAGACUUUGGACUAGCCAAGAUAAUUGGUGAAGAUUCCUUCACAACUACUCUAUGCGGGACGCCAAGCUCUCAUUCUCUAGAUGUCGCGCCCGAGAUACUGCAGGAGUCUCGUCGGCGUAAGUACACUAAAGCAGUUGAUAUCUGGUCGCUUGGGGUGGUUCUCUACAUAUGCCUCUGCGGAUUUCCGCCAUUUUCCGACGAACUCUACACCCCGGAAAACCCUUACACCCUAGCACAACAAAUCAAAAUGGGUCGUUUCGACUACCCAUCACCAUAUUGGGAUUCUGUUGGGGAUCCGGCUUUGGAUUUGAUUGAUAAGAUGCUCACGGUCGAUGUUGACAAGCGCAUAACUGUCGAUGAAUGCUUGGAACAUCCAUGGCUCACACAAACUUACCCUAGUUUGUCCGACAGCACGGAUGGGCUGACCGGCGCCUUGGAUAAAUUGGACUUUUCCAAGCGUAAAUUAGCUCGCGAAAGAACGCUCCUCAGUCAUAUCAAUGAUGUCAGUUUCAACGAAUGCAAGGAGCGCAACGGCACUACCGUGCGGGUUUUCCACAAUAGCCAUACUGGGAAGCGCACUCACAAUCAUCCUGCCAAGGUUAUUAAGGGUGGAGAGGCCUGCGACAACAACAGCGCACCUAAAGACUUCAUCAACCUUGGGGAGCAGGGAGAUCCACUCCUAUAUCCGGAUGAAGCAGGGCCCAGUCACGAGUAA